CCGUAGACGUCGUGACAGAGGCGGCCCGUUGCCUGGGAGCCAGUGAAACGCCACUCGGCCUCCGCCGCUGUGGAGAGUGCCAGCGUUGGUCCUCGGUCACCAUGUCGGUGCUGGACGCGCUUUGGGAGGACCGGGAUGUCCGCUUCGACGUCUCCUCGCAACAAAUGAAAACAAGACCUGGAGAAGUCCUUAUUGAUUGUUUAGAUUCAAUUGAAGACACCAAAGGAAAUAAUGGGGAUAGAGGUAGACUCUUAGUAACAAAUUUAAGAAUUAUCUGGCAUUCUUUGGCAUUACCCAGAGUCAAUCUUUCUAUAGGUUACAACUGCAUAUUGAACAUUACAACAAGGACUGCUAACUCUAAAUUACGAGGCCAGACUGAAGCUCUUUAUAUACUAACAAAAUGUAACAGUACUCGUUUUGAGUUUAUAUUUACAAAUUUGGUUCCUGGAAGUCCUAGACUUUUUACUUCUGUGAUUGCAGUACACAGAGCAUAUGAGACUUCUAAAAUGUAUCGUGAUUUUAAAUUGAGAAGUGCACUAAUUCAAAAUAAGCAACUAAGAUUAUUACCACAAGAACAUGUAUAUGAUAAAAUCAAUGGAGUAUGGAAUUUAUCCAGUGAUCAGGGAAAUUUAGGAACCUUUUUUAUUACCAAUGUGAGAAUUGUGUGGCAUGCAAAUAUGAAUGACAGUUUUAACGUCAGCAUACCAUAUCUACAAAUUCGUUCAAUAAAGAUUAGAGAUUCAAAAUUUGGUUUAGCUCUUGUCAUAGAAAGCUCUCAGCAGAGCGGAGGAUAUGUUCUUGGCUUUAAAAUAGAUCCUGUGGAAAAACUACAAGAAUCAGUUAAGGAAAUCAAUUCACUUCACAAAGUCUAUUCUGCCAGUCCUAUAUUUGGAGUGGAUUAUGAGAUGGAAGAAAAGCCACAGCCCCUUGAAGCUCUAAGAGUUGAACAGAUUCAAGAUGAUGUAGAAAUAGACUCUGAUGAUCACACGGACGCUUUUGUGGCUUAUUUUGCUGAUGGCAAUAAGCAACAAGAUCGUGAACCUGUAUUUUCAGAAGAACUGGGGCUUGCAAUAGAGAAAUUGAAGGAUGGAUUCACCCUACAGGGACUUUGGGAAGUAAUGAGUUGAUCUUGAGUUGAGCUGGAUUUCUAUUUAAAGAUAUCUCAAGAUUAAAGAUACUAGGCGCCUGCUAUAAGGCAUGGAAUAGUUUCUACUUUUACAGAAAAAGCUUUUAAGAAAGAGUUUUUUAAUGAUUAAGGAAAAACUCAUUUAUCUAAGAUUUUAUUGCCACUUUUCUAAAACGUAUAUUUAAAAUUGUAAUCAAAAUGUAUCUGGUUUGUAAAUAUGUUUAUUUUGUACCUAAUGCUUGUAAAUUAUUUGUCUGCAGAUAAUAAAUGACUGCAUCAUGUUGGGUUUAAUAAAGAAUUUAUACAGCACCAUUUAAUGUUUUGAAAGUGUUAUUUAAAAGAAUAAGACUAUUAUGGAGUAAUCAAAAUACUGCCUUUUUAAUUGUAAAACUCUGGUUUAAAUAAAUUAUCAAAUAGCUCCAAAUGUAAGCCAACUCUACUAUAAAUUGUAGCCCUUAAACUUGUUAUGUUUAAGUGACCAUUUCUGUAAAACCUAAAAAUUAUAGUUAACUCUGGAGUAUACCAACCCCUAUGUAAUGUUUUGGGCACUAUCUUAUAGUUUUGGCAAGAAUACAUUUGUUUUGUAAGGAAAUAGUUUUAAAUAGUUUGUAAAUAAAUUGUUCAUUUAUUGA